UAUUUCCUAUUGAGGCAGGGUUUCUCUCUUGAUUCUUUUCUUACAGUUUUUGACUCUUAUAAACAUACUGAUAAAUAAGAACUUAAGAAGAUAAUUGAAAUUAUUAAUGUUGAUGGAUACCUUGCACGUCAUUACUUGUUUAUGUCUAAUCCUCCACCAGGCUCAUGGACACCUUAAAAAUGUGGCAACCUCAAAUCCGAGAGUUCAAGAGAGUAUUGUUAACACUCACAAUCGUUUAAGGCAACAAGUUAAACCUCCUGCAAGUGACAUGCUAAAAACGGAAUGGAACACGGAAGCACAAAGGAAUGCUUACAAUGUUGCUAGGUUAUGUUCAACUCUUCACAGUUUUCCAUCACAACGAAAAAUAACAAGACCAAUUAGCGCUCAAUGUGGUGAGAACAUCUAUAUGUCAAGCGAUGAGACUGACUGGGACUCUGUAAUACAAUCAUGGUAUGAUGAGAAGGAGUUCUUUGAAUAUGGAUACGGAAAAAUAGAUAAAGAUGAGAUGGUGGGCCAUUAUACUCAGGUUGUCUGGUCCACUUCUUUUUUAAUUGGAUGUGCAGUACACUACUGCUAUGAUACUGAUUACCCAUUCUUGUACAUUUGCCAUUAUUGCCCACAGGGUAAUAUGAUGGGUAAGGAGCACAGACCCUAUGAAUCAGGAAGGCCAUGUUCUACCUGCAGAAAUUCCUGUGAAGGCAAACUAUGCAAAAAACUUCCAGGUAACAAACAGGAUCUUGAUGACGUCCGUAAGAAAACUGUUGGCUAAUAUAGUUCACUUUAGUUUGUACUAUGAAGCUGACCAAACUAAAUGAUCACUGGUAAAAUAACGAAUCAUUCAAUCUUAGCGGAAUGAUUUUUGAUUUGCUUAGCAGUUUAACAAUUUGAAUGUCAGAGACAGGUAUAAAGUUUUGCAUAAUGUUUUAUCGAUCACCAAACUGUCAUGUUAAAAUGUUACUGAUUCAGCCAUUCUUUUAAUAACCCAUAUACCAAAUGUAUUUCUUCUUUUUUGGCAACAAUAAAACAGCUAGUAAUUUUCACAGUC